GUGGUUAGAAUUACGAUUUUCACGGAGGUCCCUGAAGGCGGCCGUAGAGGACGGAAGGAACCCUGGCAACGCUGCUGUCACAAAGCUAACGUUUAUCCGCUAAGCCUCUGAAUGCACCAUUUUUGUCAACAUGCACUUAACUGUGUAUCAACCAUCUAAUCUCUACCUCAUACCAUCCUCUUAACAAAUUCACCAUGGCACUUUUUAACGAGCCAAGCUAGCAGACGUCUUUCUCCUUCGUCGUAUAGCAGUUACACCAGCUAACCAGAACUAGCUGUUUGUUAGCUUGAAUAUGGCGAUUGUGUCUGGAUCCUGUGCCAGGGUAAACGGGUCUAGAAAUGGGCCGACAGUUUCGGCUACUCCUUCUGUACCCGUGGGUCAAUCUCAGCCCAUGAUAGCGGUGUGGGAAUGGCAGGAUGACCUGGGCUAUUGGAGGCCUUAUAGCGGACAGGUGAGCGCCCACAUCGAGCGGUGUUUGUCUACGAGGAACCAGCGAGGAGCAGCAGCAGGAGGAGGAGCAGCCGGAUCAACGAGCAUCUGCCUCGGACAAUCAGACCCCAGCCUGACGCCUUAUCUCAUCGACAUACCGAGCCUGAAGCAGUUUCGACAGGACACAGGAAAGACACGGUCAGUGCGUCGCUCCCUGUUCGCCCAGUCCUCAGGCCUGGGCAGUGGUGUUUACUGGGAAUGGCUGAACGAUGAGGGGGGAUGGACUCCAUACGAGACUCGCACCUCCAUCCUCCUGGAGCACAGCUACCAGGCCCGCCAAGGCACGGCGGACCUGGGCCCGCACGGAUACAACUACAUAGUUGACCUCACGUCUCUGGCCCAGGUGAACAAAGCGAGCGGCUUCAGACGGCAGGUGCGACGGCAGUGUAACCUCCCGUACCCCCUGGCCUCCUCCGGACCCCCGGCCAUCCCCUCCUCUGGCGCGGCCUGCUCCUGCCAGCAGUGUUUGAGCCACAGCAGCACAGGUCCCAUGCCCAGCCGCUCACGACAUUCCUUUUCAUCAGGCAGUCUGAACCGGCCCAUUCUUCAGGCCACAGGGAGGGCUGUGGCGGCCCACCCCACCUCUGUGUACUCCCCGUACCCGAGGAGACCCCUCUCUGUGGGGGGGAUGUCCUGGGGCAGCCCCUGGCCUCCACCAGCCUCUGGAAGUCAACUGUCUGCACCGCUUCUGCCCAGCUCGGCCAGUGCCAACGGGUUAAGCGUCCCCUCCAUCUCUGUGCAGCUGAACGGAUCCACCAGUGUGAGCUCCGCCCUGGCAGGCAUGGCCUCCAUUUUGAUGUCAGCAGUGGGACUCGGCGUGCACUUCACCAAUGCCCCCCUCCCUCAGCAGCAGCAGCAGCAGCAGCAGCUACAGCAUCCACCUCAGCAUCAGCAUCCUCAACCUCAGCAUCCUCAGCAUCCUCAGCAUCAGCAGCCUGCUCCUUUCUCGCUUCCUCCUCCUCCUCCUCUCCUCCCCCCCGCCAGCAGGCCCAGCCGGCCCCCCCCCAGCAGCAGCAGCAGCAGCAGUUCAGUUAGGAGAGCAAAGAGGCAGCACAGGAGAGCCUCCGCUCAGAGACCUGAGGAGGUGAUUCAGCGCUACAUGGAGGUAGUUGCCGGAGUGCAGGACGAGGACUGCAUUAUCUGCAUGGAUCAGCUGUCCAACGCAUCCGGCUAUGAGACGCAGUCCACAGAGGAGGGCCCCAGCGUCCUGCCAGACACCGUGGGGAAGUUCAUCAAAUGUGGACACACCCUGCACAUGCUCUGCAUGCUGGCCAUGUACAACAACGGGACCAAGGACGGCAGCCUGCAGUGCCCCUCGUGUAAGACAAUCUACGGAGAGAAAACCGGCACGCAGCCCAAAGGCAAGAUGGAGAUUUACAGCAUCGGCCAGUCGCUGCCAGGACACCCCGACUGUGGAACCAUCCAGAUCAUCUACAGCAUCCCUCCGGGCCUGCAGGGCCCGGAGCACCCUAACCCCGGACAGCCGUACAGCUGCAGAGGCUUCCCUCGCUUCUGCUUCCUGCCAGACAACGACAAGGGCCGCAAGGUGCUGGAGCUGCUGAAGGUGGCGUGGAUGCGACGUCUCAUCUUCACCGUGGGGACGUCCAGCACCACGGGGGAGCCGGACACCGUGGUGUGGAACAACAUCCACCACAAGACCGAGAUGAUGUCCAACCUGUCGGGACACGGAUACCCCGACCCCAACUACCUGGACAACGUCCUGUCGGAGCUGGCCUCUCAAGGCGUGACGGAGGACUGCUUCAAAGCCCAGGGAGGAGGAGGCGGAGCCAGCAGCUAGGGCACAGCUCCAGAAACCCACCAUAGCAUCCUCAGUCUGGUCCUACGCUCAUUCAGCAUCCAUCCAACCCCUCAUUGAGUGAGAGAAAGGGGGAGCUGAAUAAAAAGCCUCUCUGGAAGAAUUCAUUUACAUUCCUGCUCCUUCAUAUUCCUGGAGACUGAGCCUGUUUUUAUCCCAAUCUGGAGAUUAAGUUUUCUUUUUGUAACCAUCAUCUGUAUCCCCCUUGAAAGUGGCAGCUUACACGGAGGAUAAAAGUCUCAUUAAGCACUUUAGUUCUGACUGUGCAUUUAGCGAAUCAUGUGUGAUUUCCUGGUCAAAAGGAACAAUUGGGAAGUUAUGCAAUUAAAGCGUAUCUGUGGAAAAACACUGAAACUGGUAGUAGCAACGUGAGUAUAUAUUAGCCUAUUUGAUGAGAAGAGGCAAUACUUAACUGAUGUAAAUAAAAACAACAAGAACAUUGCUAAAAAAAAGAAACUGGUUUGGUCCACAGACGCGAGUCGAGGAGAGGAAAGUUGUGGAUUUUUAAACGUUUACACUACUUCUGAUUAGACCAUCUGUUGUAAUAUGUUACUCUCUAAUCUACUCUGAUAAGCAGAUGUCUAAUGCACUCACAUGGUGAUUCCUCAUGUUUUGAAUCUGCAUUAGCGGCGCCCGCAGGCUUUCUGCAGGCAUUGUUUUGUCCCUCAGAGUGUGACAGUGUGUGUGACGGGACGAGGUCGUGCAGCUCCACGUCCUCCGCUCCGACAGAUGGGAAAACGCUCCGGUUUAAGGACAUUUCACAGUGUGACAAUCAAGGUCAUCGAACUCGUCUUGAUUAAACAAGACACGUGACGCCGCGGCCGGCAUGAUCAUGUUCCCCCGGCUGUGAACGCAGCGCCUGAACGCACCACGGUAAUACUGCUCACAGUACAGUGGACUGAGUCUUGACAUGUAUACAAGCAACACUCAAAAAAAGUCUCUGCAAUAAAGAAAUAAAACGAAAUGAA